AUCGCCUGUUUCGUGAAUGACUAAUUCACAGUUAGCGUAAAACCGUCUCGAUAACACGUUAUCAGUCCACUGUUAUCAACUAACAAUAGCUAACAUUUAAUGUGUGUUUAUUGAUAAAAUGCUUAGAAAUAAUUAAAAACUUUGCGGUCACAGCUUCCUCGUCGCUUUUCUUCUAUGAACUCUGCAAUUCUCAACAUGUCCGGCAAGACGGUAAUCAAGGACAACCCCUCGCAGUAUGUGAAGCUGAACGUAGGUGGUGCGUUGCAUUACACCACAAUUGGAACACUUACAAAGCAUGACACAAUGUUGAGGGCAAUGUUCAGUGGUCGAAUGGAAGUACGCUCUGAUUGUGAAGGCUGGAUUUUAAUUGAUAGAUGUGGUAAACACUUCACAACUGUCUUAAAUUUUCUCAGAGAUGGAUCAGUGCCACUUCCCGAAAGCACAAAAGAUUUAGCUGAGCUACAAGCAGAAGCAAAAUAUUAUUGCAUCACAGAUUUAGCUGAAUCCUGUGCACAAGCCCUGGCAAGAAAACAUGCUGAAGUUGAACCACUCUGUCAAGUCCCACUGAUCACAUCGCAAGCAGAAGAAGAACGCCUCAUCAGUUCCACAACAAAACCAGCUAUAAAACUCCUAAUAAACAGACACAACAAUAAAUAUUCCUAUACAACUACAUCUGAUGAUAAUCUACUGAAAAACAUUGAAUUGUUCGACAAAUUAUCGCUCUGGUUCAAAAAUCGCGUGCUUUUUAUCAAGGAUGUGAUCAGUACCAGUGAGAUCUGCUGUUGGACAUUCUACGGACACGGUAAGAAAGUAUCUGAAGUGUGUUGCUCGUCAAUUGUCUAUGCAACAGACAAAAAACACAAUAAAGUUGAAUGUCCAGAGUCACGAAUCUACGAAGAAACUUUGAAUAUUUUACUCUAUGAGACAAGAAAUGGACCGGAUCAGGAACUGAUGCAGGCGACAUGUACACGUGGAGCUGUCCUGGGCAUGAGUUCUUAUACCAGUGACGAAGAAGAGGAACGCACCGGAUUGGAGCGGCUGCGUUCGAACAAGUUCAACAAUCAGACGUGAUGCAAACUGCCCACGUGCGACACGUUCAAAAUCUAUUUAUUUUCUUAAUGUAUAUAAAUCUAUAUUUGUGUGCGUGAUGAUGAAACCAGUGAAUGCGAUGUAAAGCUUCCGAGAUAAUUCACAUAA